CGUCCGACGCGGAGGGAGGCUCCCGCCGAGCCCGGCGCCCGCGGCCGCAGCAGCCGGGUCGGCUUCGCACCUGGGGAGGCGCGCGGGGACGGCGGGCGCGGCUGCGGGGACUGAGGCUCCGGGCGGGACCGGCCGCGGCGCGGGAUGGAGUGAGGCGGCGGCGGGCGCCUGCGGAGUCGGCCUUCCGCCGGGGGGACCGCGUCCUCGGGGGCCAUGGGUCCCGGGGCGCGGCCGGCCAGCGUCCUCGCCCUGCUGCUCUCCGGCCUGUGGCACCUGGCGCUCGCCGCGACGAGCUACAACUGUGAUGACCCGCUGGCGUCCGUGCUGUCUCCGGAGGCUUUCUCCAGUUCCUCGGACCUCACCGGGACUCACAGCCCAGCUCAGCUCAACCGGCGAGUUGGAGCCGGUGGUUGGUCCCCAGCAGAUUCCAGCGCUCAGCAGUGGCUCCAGUUGGACCUGGGAAGCAGAGUGGAGAUCACAGCGGUGGCCACGCAGGGCAGAUCCGGGAGCUCUGACUGGGUGACGAGUUACAGCCUGAUGUUCAGUGACACCGGACGCAACUGGAAGCAGCACAAGCAAGAAGACGGCAUCUGGACCUUCGCAGGGAACACGAAUGCAGACGGCGUGGUGCUUCACAGGCUCCUGCACUCGGAGAGAGCCCGCUUCAUCCGCUUUGUGCCCCUGGAAUGGAACCCAAGUGGGAAGAUUGGCAUGCGGGUCGAGGUGUACGGAUGCCCCUACAAAUCGGACAUUGCUGACUUCGAUGGCCGAAGCUCCCUUCUGUACCGGUUCAGCCAGAAGCUCAUGAGCACCCUCAAGGACGUGAUCUCUCUGAGGUUCAAGAGCAUGCAGGGAGACGGGGUCCUGUUCCAUGGGGAAGGCCAGCGCGGAGACCACAUCAGCCUGGAGCUCCAACAGGGGAGGCUCGCCCUGCACCUCAGCCUGGAUGACAGCAAAGCUCGCCUCGGCAGCAGCCCGCCCUCGGCCACCCUGGGCAGCGUCCUGGACGACCAGCACUGGCACUCGGUCCUCAUCGAGCGGGCGGGCAAGCAGGUGAACUUCACGGUGGACAAGCACACGCUGCACCUGCGGACCAAGGGCGAGGCAGACACCUUGGACAUCGACUACGAGCUUAGUUUUGGAGGAAUUCCAGUACCAGGCAAGCCUGGGACCUUUUUGAAGAAAAACUUCCAUGGAUGUAUUGAGAACCUUUACUACAACGGAGCGAACAUCAUCGACCUGGCUAAGCGGCGGAAGCACCAGAUCCACACCGUGGGCAAUGUCACUUUUACCUGCUCCGAGCCACAAAUUGUUCCCAUCACAUUCGUCAGCUCCAGCAGGAGCUACUUGCUGCUGACCGGCACUCCCCACAUCGACGGGCUCUCAGUGAGUUUCCAGUUUCGCACGUGGAACAAGGAUGGUCUGCUUCUGUCCACAGUGCUGUCCGGAGGCUCGGGGACCCUGCUGCUGAGCCUGGAGGGCGGGACCCUGGCACUGGUGAUUCGGAAAGCGGCAGAGCGCGUGGCUGAAACCCUCACAGGCAGCAGCCUGAACGAUGGCUUGUGGCAUUCGGUGAGCGUCACCGCCAGGAGGAGCCGCAUCACACUCACUCUGGAUAAUGAUGCCACAUCUCCGGCUCAGGACACCACCCGGGUGCAGAUUUAUUCUGGAAACAGCUACUACUUUGGAGGGUGCCCCGACAAUCUCACCGAUUCCCAAUGUUUAAAUCCCAUUAAGGCUUUCCAAGGCUGCAUGAGGCUCAUCUUUAUUGAUAACCAGCCCAAGGACCUCAUUUCAGUUCAGCAAGGUUCCCUGGGGAAUUUUAGUGAUUUACACAUUGAUCUGUGUAGCAUCAAAGACAGGUGUCUGCCGAACUCCUGCGAACACGGAGGCCGCUGCUCCCAGUCGUGGACCACCUUCCUUUGCGACUGCAGCGGCACGGGCUACACGGGGGCCACCUGCCACAACUCCCUCUACGAGCAGUCCUGCGAGGUGUACAGGCACCAAGGGCACACGGCUGGCUUCUUCCACAUCGACUCGGACGGCAGCGGGCCGCUGGGACCUCUCCAGGUGUACUGCGAUGUCACAGAGGACAAGAUCUGGACAUCAGUGCAGCACAAUAGCACCGAGCUGACCCAUGUGGGGGGCGCCCACCCCGGGAAGCCCUAUGCCGUGGCCUUGGACUACGGGGGCAGCGCAGAGCAGCUGGCAGCCGUGAUCGAGGGCUCGGAGCACUGUGAGCAGGAGGUGGCCUACCACUGCAGGAGCGCCCGGAUGCACGACAAGCCCGACGGAGUGCCGUUCAGCUGGUGGGUCGGGCAGUCUGGUGAGAGGCACCCUUCCUGGACAGGUGCCCCCGCUGGAGCUCAGCAGUGUGGAUGCGGCCUGGACCAGAGUUGCCUGGACGUGGGACACUUGUGCAGCUGUGGCUCUGACAAGGAUGGAUGGACAAAUGAUACUGGCUUGCUUUCCUUCAGAGACCACUUGCCCGUCACUCAGAUAGUUAUCAUGGGUACCAACAGAUCAAACUCAGAAGCUGCUUGGAGAAUCGGUCCCUUGCGUUGCUAUGGUGACCGACACUUCUGGAAAGCAGUAUCAUUUUCUACAGAAGCCUCUUACCUCCACUUCCCUACCUUCCAUGCGGAAAUGAGUGUUGAUAUUUCCUUCUUUUUUAAAACCACAGCUUUAUCUGGAGUUUUCCUAGAAAACCUCGGCAUUAAAGACUUCAUCCGACUUGAAAUAAGCUCUCCUUCUGAGAUCAUGUUUGCCAUCGAUGUGGGGACUGGCCCUAUAGAGCUCAUAGCCCAGUCUCCUGCUCUUCUGAAUGACAACCAGUGGCACUACGUCCGGGCCGAGAGGAACCUCAAGGAGACCUCACUGCAGGUGGACAGCCUCCCGAGGGUCUCCAGGGAGACUUCAGAUGAAGGCCAUUUCCAGUUGCAGCUGAACAGCCAAUUGUUUGUAGGGGGAACAUCAUGAAGACAGAAAGGCUUCCUAGAAGGCAUACACUCCCUGCACUUGAAUGGGCAGAAACUGGACCUGGAGGAGGAGAGGGCAAAGAUCACACCCAGCGUGCGGCCAGGAUGCCCAGGCCACUGCAGCAGUUAUGGCCACACCUGCCACAGGGGCAAGUGCGUGGAGAAGCUCAGUGGGUACUUCUGCGGUUGCACCAACUCGUCCUAUGAAGGGCCCUUCUACAACACAGAGGUUUCUGCUGCAUUUGAGGCUGGCACUUCAGUUACUUACAUGUUUCAAGAACCAUACCCGGUGACCAAGAAUGCAAGCCUCCCAUCCUCAGUGAUGUAUGCAGAUGCAGCUCUAUCCAAGGAAAACAUUGCAGUUAGCUUCGUGACAGCCCAGGCGCCCAGCCUCCUGCUUUACAUCAGUUCUUCUCAGGAUGCCCUGGCCGUCCUGCUCUGCGACAAUGGAAGCUUACAAGUUUGUUAUCAGCUAAACAAGGAAGAAACCCAGGUGCUCACCAUCAACGCCGAGAACUUUGCCAACAGAAGGAUGCACCACUUGAAGAUUAUCCAAGAGGGAAGAGAGCUUAGCAUUCAUGUGGACCAGCAGCUCCAACUCAGUUACAACUUCUCCCCGGAGGUCAACUUCAGGGCUGUCAGGUAGCUCACCUUGGGCAGAGUCACAGAGCCCCUUGGGUGGGAUGCUGACGUCGCUAAAGCAAACAGCCUGGGUUUCGUCGGGUGCCUGUCAUCAGUGCAGUACAACCACGUAGCCCCGCUGAAGGCCGCCUUGCGCCACGCCUCCACCGCCCCUGUGACCGUUCAGGGUACCUUGACAGAAUCCAGCUGCAGCCCCGCCGAGGACUUGAACAUGGACACAGUGACCACGGUGCCCUCCUCCUCAGAUCCCUUCGGAAAGACAGACGAGCGGGAACCCCUCACCCACGCAGUUGGCAGUGACUCAGCGGUGAUUGGAGGGGUCAUAGCGGUGGUGAUCUUUCUCAUCUUCUCCGUCGUCGGCGUCAUGACCCGGUUCCUUUACCAACAUAAGCAGUCGCAUCGAACCGGCCAGAUGGAGAAGGAAUACGCGGAAAACGUGGGCAGCUCCUUUCGAAAUGACAUCGACUUGCAAAACACAGUGAGCGAGUGUAAGCGGGAGUAUUUCAUCUGAAAAAACAAUAUUUUAGCAGGGUACCUAAUACUCCCUUUCUGGCUGUUCAGUGUUCCCUCCUUCUCCCCUUGCUCCUGUCUUUUAAUUUUGGUCACUCUCUCUGUGGCAUUUGUUUGCCAUUUACUUCCUUAACGCACCUGCGCCCACAUGCAUCCAUCCCCUGGCGCAGCCCAGCCCGGCCAGGUCUGUUGCAGCCGCCGCCCUCCUUGUCAGUGACCUGUCAUGGUGGCAGCGACUGCCCGAGAGGCCGGCCAAGGCCCAUGCUUCCCGUUGCUCGGGCACCGGUCAUUCCCGCAGCCAGGCGGUCCUGCGAGGUUGCUCUGCAGCUGAGCGCUGUCGCG